GCCGUACAGCUAGCCGCGCACCCAGCUCUCCGGAGCGCGAGCAGCGGAGCCGAGCGCCCGGUCCGCUGUUCCCGGGCAGGCGCUGCGGGCUCCCCGGCUCCCCGCCGUCCCGGGCACCCGGGCAGGCCAUGCGCCCGGGGUAGAGCGUAGCCGCCGGCAUGCCGCUUCCGCUGCUGCUCGCCGCGCUCUGCCUCGCCGCCUCCCCGGCGCCCGCGCGCGCCUGCCAGCUGCCGUCGGAGUGGAGACCCUUGAGCGAAGGCUGUCGCGCCGAGCUGGCCGAGACCAUCGUAUAUGCCAAGGUGCUGGCGCUGCACCCCGAGGUGCCUGGCCUCUACAACUACCUGCCGUGGCAGUACCAAGCUGGAGAGGGAGGGCUCUUCUACUCCGCAGAGGUGGAGAUGCUGUGUGACCAGGCGUGGGGCAGUAUGCUGGAGGUGCCCGCCGGCUCCCGGCUCAACCUUACUGGUCUGGGCUACUUCUCUUGCCACUCCCACACGGUGGUCCAGGACUACUCCUAUUUCUUCUUUGUAAGGAUGGAUGAAAAUUACAAUCUCUUGCCACACGGAGUCAAUUUCCAAGAUGCCAUCUUUCCAGACACACAGGAGAACAGAAGGGUGUUUUCCAGCCUUUUCCAGUUUGCGAACUGUUCCCAAGGGCAGCAGCUGACGACCUUCUCGAGUGACUGGGAGAUCCAGGAAGACAACAGGCUCAUGUGCUCCUCGGUGCAGAAGGCCCUGUUUGAGGAAGAGGACCAUGUCAAGAAGCUUCAGCAAAAGGUGGCCACCCUGGAGAAGCGGAACAGGCAGCUCCGGGAGCGGGUCAAGAAGGUCAAGAGGUCUCUGAGGCAGGCACGGAAGAACAGCCGCCACCUGGAGCUGGUGAACCAAAAACUCAGCGAGAAGCUAGGGGGCUCCAGUGCUCAGCAGCACAUCAACGCUCUGGGCCGGGAGCCCGCGCGCGCCCCCUAUCUGCAUGGGUAGCAGGUACAGGUGGAUGCAGGCCUGCCUUGCCUGUGCCGGCUGACUGAGAACAAACACAAGCUCUCUAUAUGCACUUACUUCAAACAUUAUUGUAGAUAUCCGUUAGGCAUUUGGUAGAGUCUAACUGGGUAAAGUGGCGCGUCUUGCUUUCUUUCCCAUUGGGUGCUGGCCUUACUGGUCGUUUGACUUCAGAUCCCAUGUCCCAUGCCGCAUGUCCUCUUUCUGUCCUGCUGCCACGCAAGGGCCUUAAAACCAGAAGGCAAUAGGACCUUGAGUCUGGCCCUCAGCCUCUAGAAAGCCCCUUCACUGGGGAGAGAACGUUCUAGAACCUCGGCACACACGAAGAUAUCACAGGACUCUCUUAUUCCAGAAGAGAGUCGGUGUUGAGGCUAAGCAACCAGGGUUGGCACACACAUGUGUGUUCUAAAACUCUCUGGAAUGUUCUGCCUUUUCACGUGUUUUUAGAAAUGGUGUCUAUGCAUAAAUAUGCAGGGCACCCACCCGUGCUUCGGUCAGCAUUUCUCCCAAAGCUGAAGGAUGUUAAGACUUAAUGAGUUCAUCACAGACAAGGGAACCGGGCGAGGAGCUGAGGCAGCUAGUAAUUGGUAAAGAUAAAUUAUACCUGUUUUCCAACCCCAGCUCCCCAGGGCUGACACAAUUCCCUACAGGAUGUUUUAAUCUAAAGAGUAAUUGCUUUUAUAGGCAUACCACAUCUCAUCACUCAUGUUCCCAAACUGGAAUUAAGCUCAACUUAACUUUGUGGAGUCUUAACUUUGUGUUAGCGCAGCUUGCCAUGGCUCUGAGUUUAAGGUCACUGACCCUAACACACCGAGACUUCCUACUCUGCAGAUACAGCUCCCUGUCUGGGGAGAUUCAGUAAGCUCUAUGCUCCCACCUAGGCUCCCAACGGGCUUUGUCCGGGGAGUCUAACCCAAGCGUCUAUGCAAUCCCCAAGCCUCUGCCCCAACACACACACACACUCUGCUCAGGUUCUCAUAAAAGGUCUACGUGUACACCAAUAGAAGUAUUUGCAUACCAUACACUUUCUUUUAAUCAAUAAGAGUGCUCUCACUAGCCUUCCCAUGGCCAUGUUUGAUCGUGUCCCACUGUGUUACUAAGAAGUCAGUGGAGUGGCUGCUGGUUCAUGGCUUCUGAUGAUGGCCCUCCAGAUGGUGGCCCUUCCACACACUGUGCCACCAAUAGAAUCCUUCGGCUCUACACCAUCGACCACCCAGAACCCAUUCUAGACACAUGAUGCUGAUAAAAGUGGCUAUACUGUCACACUGCUGCCUUUCUGCUUGCAGGAAGUUCAGGACUCUGUGAGAAGUCCCUCCUGUCUUAUGAGUAUUGGUAGGGGAGGGGAUAAGUCUGUGCCCUUGGCUGGACAUGGCAUGAUGGGAAGAAACUUCUAUUCUGGGACGAAUCUUCAUCCACUCUCCCCCACUCAGCCUCUUUAAGCAGUGCUAUUCAUAAUAUGCUACAUCGGUGUACCUUCUCAUUAAUUCUCCCUGGGAACAUUAAGUUAAGGCGGUUUUGCUGCCUCCCAAGGGAAGGGUAAGCUUAGAGGUGAUAGAGUCAGGACUCGGAAAACUGUGGAAGCCACCGACGCCUCAUGCUCUGCUUUUCCAAUAAACAUGAGCAGUGGUUCCAACGGCUGU